GGCUUCCGUCGGUUGACGUUUGCCCAAGCAAAAUGGCGGCCGUAAUCCUACGCACGGCGCCUAAGUGGCUGGCAAGCGUUAAAGUAUCGCCACAAACACUCAGGACAAGCCGACAGUUUCAUCUUUCCGUCAGGAGUUUAUCGGGGCUACAAGACAGCUGGUUCAAGUCUCUGUUUGUGAGAAAGGUGGACCCGCGCAAGGACGCUCACUCACACCUGCUAGCUAAGAAGGAAGAAGACAACCUGUACAAAAUCCAGUUUCACAAUGUCAAGCCAGAGUGCCUGGACGACUACAACCAACUUUGUGAGAGUGUGUUGCCUUCCAUUCAUGCUGAUCCGGAAUACCCGUGCGAGCUGCUUGGAACAUGGAACACGUGGUACGGAGAACAAGACCAGGCAGUGCACUUAUGGCGAUAUCGAGGAGGUUACCCAGCUCUGACUGAAGUUAUGAACAAACUAAAGCAGAAUAAGAUGUUUUCCGAGUAUCGGCGGGAGCGCGGCAAGAUGUUGUUGUCUCGCAGGAAUCAGCUGCUGCUGGAAUUUAGCUUCUGGAAUGAACCCAAGCCCCGCGAAGGGCCCAACAUCUAUGAACUGCGGUCAUACCAGCUCAGGCCCGGCACCAUGAUCGAGUGGGGCAACUACUGGGCGCGCGCCAUUGAGAUCCGCCAGCAAAACCAGGAAGCCGUGGGUGGCUUUUUCUCCCAGAUCGGAAGUUUGUAUCAAGUUCACCACUUAUGGGCCUACAAAGAUCUUCAGUCCAGGGAAAACAUUCGAAAUGCAGCCUGGCAGAGAGAAGGCUGGGACGAGGUUGUUUACUAUACAGUGCCACUCAUUCAGCACAUGGAAUCUCGAGUCAUGAUUCCUUUGAAGAGUUCGUCCUUAAAGUAAGCCACGCCCCUCCCGUGGUGGCCGACGGGAGGAUGUUGUGCUUGAAUUUGCUUCGAGUGCGCUUACGACAUGUCAGCAUCAUCGUCAUCACGGAGGAAGACCCUCUCGUCUUCCCGAGAAGUGUUUACUGAUUCACCUUGAUUGGUUUUUGCAAUGAACAUACAAAAGCAGCAGAGAAAUAGGUUACAAGUCCCGGUUUGGUUUCCGUGGGGAUGUGUUUAGUUUUUCUGAAGAACAUGUUGAAGCUUCCAGAAAAGUAGAAUUUGGUCUUUACUGAAGGUGAUUUGAGCAUGUUGGUUUGUUAGUCUUAGUGACUUCAAUGACUAGGCUGCUAAUCGCGUGGUGGCGGGGCUGUCAGCACUUCCUGUGUGGAGGAUCAUGUCACUGUGUACAAAAUCUUGUGGAAUAAUCUGCCUGAAUGAUAUAGUUGUACAUAAUGAAAUUAAAAUUCUAAUGAACACAUCUGUUGUAUUA